CAGGCCUCGGGCUCCGCCACGGCGACAAGCUCCACCACCACGACCUCCACCUCGACCACCUCCACGUCCUCCACCACGAGCACCUCGACGUCGGCCUCAGGCUCCAUGGCCUCCGCGGCGGAGACCGCCUCUGACCCGUUCGACUGCGAUGCCGGCUAUUCCAACCUGGAGGCUGGCUGGUCGCAGGAGAAGAAGACGUGGUGCUGCUCGAACAGGAAGAUGGGCUGCGGGGGGGGGCCUCCCGACGAGCCCCGCUUCGACUGCCAGGCAGACCUGGCCCGGUGGCUCACGGACUGGUCCGAGAAGAAGGUGGUCUGGUGCUGCGAGUACGAGCAGCUCGGCUGCGCCGAGGAUGCCGAUGGCGCCUUCGACUGCAAGGAGGGCUUCUCCAACUGGGAGGCCGGCUGGUCGGACAAGAAGAAGGCGUGGUGCUGCUCGGAGAAGAGCAUCGGUUGCCCCGCCGGCUCUCAGCCCGAGGGUGGCUCGUUCGACUGCGACGACGACGGCCGCGGCGGCUGGUCGGACCACAAGCGGGCGUGGUGCUGCCUGAACCGGGAGGUCGCCUGCGAGACGUUCUCGGAGUCGUACGACUGCGAGGCCGGCAGCUCGGGCGGAGUGUCGGGGUGGCCGCGGGCGAAGUCGGAGUGGUGCUGCGAGCACAAGCAGACGGGGUGCGCGGAGGAGUCGGACCUCUUCGACUGCCUCGCCGGCCACGCCAACUGGCAGGAGGGGUGGAGCGAGGAGAAGAAGGCGUGGUGCUGCGAGAACAAGGCGAGGGGCUGCACCGAGUUCGACUGCGGGGAGGGCUUCGCGAACUGGCAGUCGGACUGGUCCGAGAGCAAGAAGGAGUGGUGCUGCGAGCACAAGCAGAGGGGCUGCGCAGACAAGUCGGAGCCCUUUGACUGUGAGGCUGGCUAUUCCAACUGGCAGGCUGGCUGGUCCGUGGACAAAAAGGACUGGUGCUGCGAGCAGAAGCAGAGGGGCUGCGCAGACGGGUCGGAGCCCUUCGACUGCGAGGCCGGCUACUCGAAUUGGGAAGCCGGGUGGUCCGUGAACAAGAAGGAGUGGUGCUGCGAGCACAGGGCGGUGGGGUGCCCCCAGGGGCACAUGGCGGCCAGCGCCCGGGAGACGACGACGCUGCCGUACGACUGCGAGGUCUGCCUCCCCUUUGCGCUGCUUCGUUGGACGACGGGCACGGCGAGACCGCAGCUGCACGCUGCCUCCGCGGCGCCGGCCGCAGGCUCCGCCUCCCUCGCCGAGCGCCGCGCCAGCCCUCUCCGCAGGCCGAGGGCCCUCGGCCGCCUCGCCUCGUCGCCCCCCGCGGCCGCGCCGGACGCGGCGGCGGCCGAUGGCGCGGUGGCCGCCGCGCGCCGAGCGCCAGCGCUGCCCGCGCGCGCCCGCGCGAGGCGCGCCGGCGCGGGGGCGGCCCCGCUGGGCGCCGCCGCCGCGGCGCCGCCGCCGGGCGGCGCCGCGGUGCCCAGCGGCCGGGUGCGGGAGAGCGGCAUGCCUCCGCGGGAGUACUGGGAGACGCUGGUGGAGCCCGAGGGCACGCUGGACCGCUUGGGGCUGCUGCCCGGCUGCGGCGCGAGGGUGGUGGAGCUGGGGUGCGGCUACGGGACCUUCACCGUCCCGGCCGCUCGGAGAGGGCGGCGGAGCUGCUCACCUUCGACCUGGACCCCGCCAUGGUCGAGCUCACCCGGGCCCGGGCGCAGGAGAGGCCGGCCUGGGGAACGUGGCGGGCGCCGUGCGUGACGUGGUCUCGGAGGGCUACGGCCUGGAGCCCAGCAGCUGCGACGCGGUCCUGCUGCUGAACAUCCGAAGAAGAAACGGGCCCGGUGGCCAUGCUGAGCCAGGCGGCGGGGCUGCUGCGCCCCGGCGGGCGCGUGCUGGCGACGCACUGGCGCUACGACCCGCGGACCCCGCGCGGGCCCCCGAUGCACAUGCGCCCUCGGCCGGAGCAGCUGGAGGAGACUGGGCCGCGUGCACCGGGCGCCUGCGCACCGAGCGCGGGCCCGUGGACUGCCCCCCCUGGCACUACGGCUGGGCCUUCUCCCGGCUCUGAGGGCCGUGAGAAACGGCGCCGCGCGUCUCCUCCCUGCUCGAGGGCGUUCUUUGCGUUCUUCGCGCUGUGGUCGGCUCUGGCUCGGCAGUCGCAAUCCCGUCUUCAGCAUGCGGUGGCGUCGGUGGGCCUCUGGCAGUCGACGAGGUGGCGCUAAGUCGGCGCCCGCUGGCGUCGAUUAGCGUCAAUUCAGCGCUUGUGGGCGGAAACGGGGGCGCCACUUCAGAAGAGCCAGCAA